AUGAUUAAUCUAAAUUCCACAACGACUAUCCAGCCAAUGAAUCUCAAAGAAGAAAGUUUUACAAAUAAGCGCAAUGACAUGCAAUCUCUUUGAAAAUUUGUAUCAGCUGAGACUAAAAAAAUUUUAACGAGUCCUGUAACUGUAGCACUUUAUCAUUCAAAGUGGCACAAAAACGGGAAGAUCCCUGCUUUAUUUCCCGGAAAUACAAUGAUUCCUGAGUGCUUACCAGAGUAUUUAUGCUGAACUUGGCCUCAUGACCCUUCCAAAAAUUUGAUUUCAUUAACAGAUUUGCGAUACAAGCAUUCUCAUGAUGCUGGAUUCUUCCAAGGAUCGCAUGCAUUAGAAAUCCUUUUAAAAUACACAUCACCUAGCUCUCCCAUAUCCCCAUCACAGACUAUUGCUUUUGUAGAUGAUUCUGAUUACCUCUGCAUUCUUUUUCAUGAUGAGCUUUCUUGCACUUCUUGGAAAAAUUCACUUAUUUCUUUAAUAAAUGCUUUAGAAACAAGUUUUACUGAUACAGAAGAAUUUAAUUCAAAUUCAUUUACAUUACCUUUAUUCCAAAAUUUCGAAGAAAAUUACGGGACUGUCUUUGACAUUUCUGAGCCAAGUAAUCCAAUUGAUAUGUGAAGAGAAAUAAAAACAACUUUCAUAAAAGCAGAUUCUACCACGUCGACUGAAAUAUUAGUUUAUGACAGAACACAAGCAGAUUUAUAUGACUCAAUUGAAGAAGUGCUAAAAUGCAUUUCUCCAAAUGUCGAUAGGAUUAAUUAUGAUGUUAUUGAGUCAUAUUUAUUAGACGUCACUAGGAUGGAAAAUUUCAAUAAAAUGAAGGAAAAUGAAACCCUUAAAAUUUUUUCUGAAAAAGUCUAUAGUUUUUAUGAUUUUGAUAGAGAUUAUAAUAGAAAUUUAAGAGAAAAAUAUGCUGAAAUAAACAUUGAACAGAUAGAAAAUGAAAUUUUCAGGCAGAAAGAAGAGUAUGAAAAAAUGAAAAACAAGGAUAGGCUAGGUGAUGCAUUGAAUUUAAUUUUUAUGCAAAAACUUGCUUUAGGAUAUGGCACAUGUGAAAAUGGAAUUUUAUCAAAAGUUUGGGCUUUGAUGAAAAAUAAUACUGAAUUCAAUAAAGUAAAAAGAGUUUCGAUCCAGCAGCUUGAAACAAAGCCAAGAAGAGAGUCUGGAAUUUUAUACAGUUCAGAGCCAAAUGGAGAUAAUUUCCCUCAACUUUCAGAAAGGAAAUUACCUGGAAAAGAUAAAACAUGUAACGUCUGUGAUUGCUGUAUUAUAUAA